CGCCUAGCUGUAGAGAGCUUUAAAGCUGCUCAAAAUUAGGACCGAGAGUUCUGAAUUGCGCUCCUCGGCCGUCUGAAACAUGGGCGUCUCCUAUCCUUACACCAACUAUCCAAAAGUCCAUGAUGACUGGGAUGAUAAUUGGAUACAAGAAGGAUCAAAGGUCAAGUGGAGGUUGAGCCAGCUGAAAAGUCCUUCAGAGAAGCUGCACCGGAUGGAGACACUGGCCUUUUGGCGUCUUCUGAAACGUGCGGCCAUGGUUCUGGAACACCGCCUGUUGAAUUGCGAAGUGAGGAAGCAAUCCGCUGGGAUAUUAAGGAGCAUCAGAGGGGCAGCAAGAAAAGCUGUGAUGUGAUAAUCAGCAUUGCUCAGACGAGUGUAGCUUGAGAAGCUUUUUGAAUUGGCCCAAGGGCAUCCCUCUCCAUGAUCCGCAGUCCUUCAAGGCUCUGGGCGAUGACUUCAAGGACCUUCGAGAAAGUUUUGUUGACGCUGUGUACAAAAUGGAGAUUCAGGUAUCUGCUGGUCCAUCGCCCUCAGUGUCCAGCAUUUGGGGUCUUGGAAAGCUUGUGGAGCCUGUGCAUUCUGCAUCUGGCAUAGUGCCCGCAAAAACAGUCAGCUGGCGGCAUUCCGCACAGUCAACUGCAGCAGAUCCGGAUACUUCGUCAUCAAUCUCCUGGCUUUGCGUACCAGACGGGACAAGCUUCGAAGCCCUUGGAGACGAGAUUCGCCGUAUUGGCUACGAUCCGCAUGUGUACCCACCGCUCGUUCGCGGUUUACGGACUAGAAGACUCGGGAGGGUGGGCAAAAUGACGAUGGAGGUUGACCAGCUUGGAAACUACCUUCCCGCUGUCAUGGACGAGAUUGCCAAAGCCAGCCACAAUGGACCGAUAUUUGUCGAGGACUCCGCUACGGGUGGCCUCAAGUUGGCCAAGGACAUCUUCACCGAGAAGAUAAGUGACAACAGCUCCCUUCAAACUGUGGUCGGGGGUUUAUACAGAGGAUACAAACAGUACGUUCGAGAUGACCCCUCCUCGGGCGAGAAGGUGUCGUGGAAGCGGACGUUCGGAGUGAAUCGCUGCCAGCAGCUGGGGCAGAAGAGCCUGCCGGACGCUGUGGACUUCUUCCUGCGAAAGGCAGCCUCCAGCCGUGAGCUGUGCGCCGCGAUGAAGGCGUACCUGGACGGCUACUUCUGCCUGCCGGGGACGGCCGCCUGCAACACCGCCACGCGCGCGCGCCUGAAGGCGUGCUUCGCUCACAUCCUGGCGCGUGGCGGCCUUUGAGGUCCCCAAUGGCGAAGAAAUGGGACUCUUCUUCGACAGCAACAUCCCUUUCAUUGACGCCUUCUGGCUCGAGGACCCUGGAUCACUCUUCUAAGCUACUCCAGAGGGCUCUCUUAGUGUACAGUAUAGUAUGGAGAUCCAUGAGCGCCGGUAAUGAGUCUUGAGUUGUUAGUCAAGUCUAGUAUCCGCAACUUCCAAUACUUGGUGCCCUUUUGCUUGCUUGGAGUCCUCGCAGCAUUCACCUGGCAGUCUGGUCCAGGAAUUGCCUGAUCGUCGGAGACCAGGUGACCUCUGAAGACUUCACAAUAAAGAGACAUAUUACUAGCUGUAACAUUGAGACGUCACAAGACUCAAAGAAACCUAAGACGAGAGGUCGGACUCCCUCGAACAACUGUGCACAUGACAAAAAGUGAUACGAAAAGCGUAUAGCAUUU